AUGCGUGAAAAGCGUGCACCCUUCAUGCAAACCGGCACUGCACUGGUCCAAGCGGGGAGAUGGGAGUUUGAGCUGGUCGAAGCCCAGUUGAGUAGCUUGUACUCGCUGGCCCAAGCGGGGAAGUCGGGGUAUGAUCGUGGUCAAAGACCAGGAGUGGUUAACCUGAGCGUCCGUACCCUCAACACCUCGCCCUCUCUCUGUUCCCGCGCGAUAACCCUCCUCGAGUGCUGGCUUCUCGCCGCCCUCAGGAGGGCGCGCGAAGAGAAGGCCAAAGAGCUCAACGCGACGGUUUCCGUGAUCGAGAAGCUGCUAUCCGCAAUCAACAACGCUGAGAAAAACCUUAACGGCAACAUCGAGAAGAAGGUUGGGAAGCCCAUCCUCACUUUCGCUCCUUCCUCAUCCAGGCUUCUCCCCCAAGGAUCUGGGCCUUCCAACCAUUCCCUCUUUCCAUUCCCUCUUUUUCUUCCUCUGAUUCUCGGAUUCGAUCAAUCAGAGGAGGCGACCCUCCCCGAGAUGUCCUCCUCGAGCGCUGGCAUCCUGGCCGCCCUCAGAAAGGCCCAUGAGGAGAGGGUAAAAGAGCCCAACGCCGUCAUCACCGUCGCUGAGAAACUACUGCGCGCGAUCGAAGACGUUAAGAAUAGCCCCGAGAACAACCUGGAGAAGAAGAUUGCGAAGCCCAUCAUCACGAAGCUUCACUCCUUUUCUAUCCAGGCAACGCUGGCCAAAGAGGGCCCGGUCUCCCUCCCGGGACCCAAUCUUCCAGAUACAGCCAGUUGGAUCGUCACGCCGACGGAACUCAAAAAUGCUGUCUUGGCUGCUCUAAAGAGAGCCAGAGAUCAGGUCAAGGUGCUGAACACCACCAUCUCGAUCAUCGGAAAGCUCGUCGGCGCUAUCGCUAUGGUGGAAAACCAGCUCAAAAGCUCGCUGGAGAAGCAAGUCGGCAAACCAAUCAUCGACAAACUUCAUUCUUUCCUGAUCCAGGAAUCAAUGAAAACGACACGUGUCGUCACUCCUUCCCCCGCCGCCAUUCCGGUUCCCUUCGAAUCUACGAUACCCGCAGCUACGAAUAUUCCUGACAUUCCCACCAAUCGGGCUCAGGAUGAAGUUCCCCCCACCCCGGCCCCUCCAAAACAACCCCGUUGGGCUGAUGUGGCUGCUACUCCUUUGCAAUUCCAUCAACAAACAAGCCACACUCAGCCACCCUUCUCUGAGCGGCUCUCCUCGUCCGAUGGAUCGCGCUGCGAAUCGGGUACCUGGAUCGUGGUUCUCCGCCGGCAAUGCCCCAGCUUCCGACUGUUCGACUCGGACCCUACUAUUCCAUUGUCCCACAACCCCCAGAUCUACUCUUGCGAGCGCUGUUUCGGCUUCCACCACCGGGACAAGUACCGUUAUGCUGCCGUCUGCAGCAAGUGCGGCGGCCCUGCUCACAACCAUACAGGGUGCCGGCCAAUCCCUCAGUGCCCCAAUUGCCUUUCUCCAGCUGCCCCAGGACACCGCGAUUGCCCAGCCUUCCCGAAAGUAUCCCAAGGCCGAGUCCUGAAGCCUACGCGCGAGCAGAGAGCCGCCUUCCGCAAGGCUGGCCGUGCAGCGUAUAAAGCUAAGGUAGCUGAGCUUAGAAAGAACACAUCGACCCCUCCCGCGGCUCUCUCCCCUUCCUCCUCGAAGCCAACUUUGAAUGACAACAAUAGCUCAAGGCAAAACUCUCCAGACACGAUCGCAGAGUCAGCUCCUAGCAAGGCGCACACCGUUGGCCUUGGUGCAUCGCCGUCAUCUAACUGGGUGCUGGUUAGCCGCUCGCCCGGUACAAUUCGCUGCGUAGCGACUCCCGACAGCGCGCUCUGGGGAAGGUAG